AUGGGGGAAACUCCCCCAGUGUGGGGCGGGGCACUUAACCCGCCAGGAAAUCGAAAUAUGAGAACUGUUCCUUCAUGGAUGGACCCGUUUGGAGAGUUUGGCGAUAUGCAAUUUCUCCGAAUGAAACCAUCCGGCCACCAAAAACUUCCCAAAAACCCCUUCAUCAUAUCGACGUCUGUCGAAAAAUACGUCGGAAAAAUUGACGGAGGGAAUCCAACUGACCGAGGGGAGAGUUAUCUCCUUAAAGUUAGGAACCCCGCUCAAAUCAACAAGCUGCUCAAACUGGAUCGACUGAUAGACGGCACUCCGAUCACCAUCGACCACCACCCGACUCUUAACCUUUGCCAGUGUGUGGUGUCAUGUGAAGAUGCUGCGGGAUUAAGUAACGACGAUCUGCAAAGUUUCCUUGCCGAUCAGGGCGUUACGAAAGUGUAUCGUUUUCUAAAAAAAUCCGGCGAAAAAACGGUUCCAACCAACUCGAUGGUACUCACCGUUAAAGGCACUACUCCUCCUCCUCACAUCUUCUUCGGAUUCAUCCGCAUCGCAACUCGGCCAUAUUACCCUCGCCCACUCUUGUGCUACAAUUGCGGCACAUAUGGCCAUUCGAAGCUGCGUUGUAAAAAUUCCCCCGUUUGCAUCGACUGUGGUGACUCCGAAGUUCACAAGGAUUGCCCCAACGAACCGCACUGUGUCAACUGCCAAGGACCCCAUUCAUCCAUAAACCGGAACUGUCCCAUCUUCAAGGAGGAGCAAGCCAUUGUCCGCCUUAAGGUUGACUUGGGAAUUUCCCAAGGCGAGGCCACCAAGGUGUACAGAAGCAGACUACAGCACCGAAAGGAGGCCACCGAACGAAUCCAAGCCGAAACCCAAAAAGAUCAGCGGAUCCGUCAACUGGAAGCCCAAGUUUCUCAACUAUUGGAACAACUGAACCAGCUCAAGGAGAACCUCAACCAAUCUACUCUCGUUGGCGACUCCACAACCACUCAAGAAGACUCCGACGACUCCAGCUGCGAUUCCGAUCGUCAGAUGACAAUAAUCCGCACUCCAAGCAACACGUCCACCCCAAAACGAAGCCGCCAAAAUAGUUCCAUCGAAAGCCCACCCAACCAGGUAACAACAACAAAGAAGAAUAAGCCAGCCAUACCAGGUAAUUCCAAUAGCCUUCCACCCAACACAACUGUCUUGUCCAUUCAGGACAUUCUCUGUAACUCCGUAAUACCGCAAAAUCUCAUUAAGGGCUAUCAAUUGCACACCACCAGCAACACAAGCUCCCGACAAGGCGCUGGCCUUGCAAUUAAAAAUGGUAUCCCCUACGAUCUGAUAAAUAUCAACUCCACAAUGAAUGUUGUCUGUGCCAAGCUACACUACCCGUUCAACAUAACUGCUGUCUCUCUUUACAUCCCACCUCAAACUUCCUACUCAGAUUUCACCGAAAAAAUUGACGACCUUCUUCCACAAAUUCCAACACCAUAUAUCAUCAUGUCAGACCCAAAUGCUCACUCACUAUCUUGGGGCAGCUCGCACACAUCCAGAAAGGGAUCUUAUCUUGAAAAUCUCGUCAUAGCCCACAACUUAACCAUCCUGAACAACUCUCAACCCACCCGUCUAGACCCUUCCACAGGAAACAUGUCCGCCCUGGACCUCACGAUGGUCUCAUGGGAGCUUGGUCCCAAGUUUUGUUGGAAUGUCCUCGACGACUGCUAUGGUAGCGACCAUUUUCCCAUCUUAAUAAAAAUCCAACAUCCUUCUCCGCAAAACAACGCUAGGCCCAGAUGGAAGUACGAUAAUGCCGACUGGCCUGGAUAUCAACUUGAUGUUGACAGUCUCCUGUCCUCUCAUAACCCUGCUUGCAUUCCCACCUUUUCCACUAUAAUUUUAAAAUCCGCCGAAAAACACAUCCCUCGCACUAGUGGUAUACCCGGGAAAUCCGCCGUCCCCUGGUGGACUCCUGAGGUUAGAGAAGCCAUCAAAUUACGGCGAAAAAGACUUCGUACCCUUAAACGCAUCCCCAACGAUGACCCUCGAAAAGAAACUGCUCUCGCUGAGUACAAGAUCGCUCGGUCCUGGUCAAAGCGAGCAGUUAAUGAAGCCAAAAUCGCAAGCUGGCAGCAGUUUACCGAGGAAGUACACCCAAAUACCCCCUCCAACGUACUUUGGGCCAAAAUCAAGACCCUCAGCGGAGACUCCCGUAAAAACCCCUACCAUAUUCUCCUCAACAACAAGUACACAAAUGAUCCUUCUACCCUAGCCAAUUCCUUUUGCGAUCUCUUUUCCUCAGUCUCAGCCUCAUCCAACACUCCCUUACCCGACUUCCCUUCCACACCCAGCCACAUCAACUCCGACUACAAUAGCCCUUUUACCCUCGACGAACUGGAGUCAUCUCUCAGAAAAGUGAAGGGCCUAUCCGCCGGCCCAGACGAAAUAGGAUACCCUUUAUUAAAAAACCUAUCACUUCUUGGCAAAAAAUGCUUCCUCAACAUCCUAAACCAGAUUUGGUAUGAAGGCAAACUCCCCGACAGCUGGAAGACUGGAUUAGUAAUACCCAUACCCAAACCGAAGCAAAACCUACACCUGAUCGAUAACUAUCGCCCAAUCACCCUCCUUGAUUGCCCCGGGAAAAUCCUGGAAAGGAUGGUAAACCGACGUCUGCAAGCCAUCCUGGAAAAACGAAAACUUCUAGACUCCAGACAGUUUGCUUUUCGGACCGGGAGGUCUACUGACGACUACUUUGAACAACUUGAAUCUAUCCUAUCAACCAACCUAAAUCAACACCAACACGUCGAAUGCCUCUCGCUCGACCUGUCGAAAGCCUUCGACAGGGUCGAUAGAUCGGCGAUAAUUAACCAACUGGUCAAAUGGGACCUGGGCGGCAGGAUACUCCAAUAUAUUAAAGAAUUUCUCACUAACCGAUCCAUUCAAGUGCUCAUAAACGGAGCUCGCUCAAUCAUCAAACCAAUCCUCGGAGGAGUGCCUCAAGGCUCUGUCAUCGCUCCCACUCUUUUUUUAAUUGCAAUUAACUCGCUCUUUGAUGCUACCACUAAUAAUAUCGAAACAUUAGUGUACGCGGACGACAUACUCCUAAUCUCCACCUCUCCCUUUGCCAGAAUGGCUCGUAGAAGACUGCAAUCGGCCGUAAACUCUGUUGCCGAAUGGGCCCCGACCGUCGGGUUUCAGUUUUCUCCCUCCAAGUCAUCCCUCCUUCACUUUGGCCCAAAUAGAAGAAAACUCAAAAAAAUUCCCGCAUUAACAAUGCUUAAUCAAACCAUCCCAUUGGUGCACUCCACCCGCAUCCUAGGAGUAUGGGUCGACGAUCGUCUAAACUUUAAGUGUCACAUGAAUCAAACAAGAAAAAACGCCAUUAACAAACUCAAUAUUCUCCGCAUUCUAACCAACAAGACCAGUUUUGCCCAUCGAGACUCCCUCUUUCGAUUUCUCCACGGCUGGCUUAUUCCCACUAUCCUCUACGGCCUAGGGUUCACCAGCAUGGCAAUAGACGAAGUCAUCAAAAGGCUGGAACCCCUUUAUAACGACUGUAUCCGGACAAUUUGUGCCGCCUUUUGUACCAGUCCUAUCGACUCUCUAAUGGCCGAAAGUGGGCAACUUCCUUUCAAAUUUCUUGUCGCUAAACACCUUUCCUCCAAAGCUAUUCGUUCUCUCUCCUAUCAAUGUCCCCCAGACUCCCCAUUGGUCUUAAGAACCAACUCACAACUCAUGGAACUUACGGGAAUCACCCUCCCACCCAUCUGCUCAAGAGAAGGGCUGAAAAUCAAAUUUUGGAACGACCCUACACCUAACAUUGAUCUAUCCCUGAAACAUAAAAUCAAAGCUGGCUCCCCCCCAGCCAUUGUCUUGCCCUACUUCCGUCAACUGGUGGAAGAGAAAUAUCAAGAACUGACACACAUUUACACCGACGGCUCUAAGACCAUUAAUGGUAAUGUCGGAUGUGGUAUACACCACAGCAGUAUCCCUGAUCGAAGCCUGUCUCUCCCUAAAUCCUGCUCUGUUUACAGCGCCGAAGCCUACGCCAUACUAGACGCAAUACAAAUGUCAAACCCAGGGUCCGUCAUUUUCUCCGACUCGGCCAGCGUUCUGACGGCGUUGGCUGCCGGUAAUGUUAUACAUCCAUGGGUCCACACCAUCUCUGAGACAGCUCCACGGAAAAACAUCGCAAUUUGCUGGGUGCCGGGUCAUGCCGGCAUUGAGGGUAAUGAGGUGGCCGAUCGUCUAGCUUCUGUUGGUGCAGGGCUUCCCUCCCCCUCGAUGGAAAUUCCGCAAUCUGAUGCUACUCUACUCAUCCAUAAGACGAUUAGAGAUACCUGGAAUACAAAAUGGUCCAACUCCUUACACGCCAAAUUGCGCGAAGUAAAGAACACCACCGAAAAAUGGAUCGAUAGACCCAGCCAACCUGAAAGAAGAGCCCUCACCAGGCUCCGUAUCGGGCACACCCGACUAACACACGCCCACAUAUUCACCAAAGACGAACCCCCGCUAUGUCCAUCCUGUCAUUCCCCAAUUACCGUCAAACAUAUCCUCACCUCCUGCCUCCAAUACCUCCCUCUAAGACAGUCCUGCGACCUAUCCCCCAGUUUACGACAAAUACUCUCCAACUGUCCCCAUGAAGAGAAAAAACUUAUUUCUUUCCUCAACAAAUCCAAACUCUUCUUUGAGAUAUGA